CAUUCUCUGUUAUCGUUUAUGAAUAAAAAAAGAAGAGGGAAAACAAAUUCAGAGUGAGCCAUCUUCUUUUUCGUCCCGCUCUCUCCGUUUCCCAUCAGAACUCCCGGUAGUCACAUGACGAAGCAGGAAAACCUCCUGACUCCGUGCUCCUCCUCUCCUGCCCUAGCACCGUCACAGUCGCUAGUUUUCUCGCCGUGAGUGAGCGAGAGUGAGUGGGUGUGGGUGUCGGUUAGCUUCAUCGCAGCUAUCCCAAAGCAGCGGGGAAACAUGGCAGACACGGACAGCGAGGUUCGACAGAUGCAUACCGACUUCGAGGAGCUAGAGGACGCGGAGGACCUGUUCCCGGAGCCGGCCGCCACACAGGAGUCUGGACCAGCCAGUUUACCUGCAGAAGACAUCGGUACCAACUCUAAUGGACCCAGACAGGAUCUGCUGUUUGAUGAUGAUCCGGAGGACCUGUUCGCAGAGGCCACAGAGGAGGUGUCGUUGGACAGUCCAGAGAGGGACAUCCUGCUGUCCGAUGGUCCGUCUCCCGCCAUCACGCCCAUCACCCCUCCCUCUUCUGUCAUCACCCCGUGCCUCGGCCACGAUGACAUGUUCAUAAAGUCCUCCUUCAACGAGAUUGAUGAAGAAGAAGAAGAAGAAGAAGAGAGCGAUUCAUUCAACAUGCACAUAUCAGUGUCUGACCCUGAGAAAGUGGGUGACGGGAUGAAUGCGUACAUGGCUUACAAAGUAACGACAAAGACUUCCAUGUCUUUGUUCAAACAAAACGAGUUCGCAGUCAAGCGGCGUUUCAGUGAUUUUCUGGGCCUGCACAGCAAACUCGCCUCCAAGUAUCUUCAUGUAGGCUACAUAGUACCACCUGCGCCGGAGAAAAGCAUUGUGGGAAUGACUAAAGUGAAGGUGGGAAAGGAGGACCAGUCGUCCAAUGAGUUUGUAGAGAAGAGGAGGUCGGCACUGGAGAGAUACCUGAUGAGGACGGUGAAGCAUCCAAUCCUGCGGAAGGAUCCGGACGUCCUGCAGUUUUUGGAAAGUUCGGAUUUGCCUCGUGCCGUCAACACUCAGGCUCUGAGCAGCGCCGGACUCCUCCGAAUGGUCAACAAGGCUGCGGACGCUGUGAAUAAGAUGACUAUCAAGAUGAAUGAGUCGGAUUCUUGGUUUGAGGAGAAGCAGCAGCAUUUUGAGAACCUGGACGUUCAGCUGAGGAAACUUCACAUCAGUAUAGAGUCUCUGGUCUGUCACAGGAAAGAACUGUCCAUCAACACGGCACAGUUUGCCAAGUCAGCAGCCAUGUUGGGCAACAGCGAGGACCACACGGCCCUGUCCCGGGCCCUGUCCCAGUUGGCGGAGGUGGAGGAGAAGAUCGACCAGCUGCACCAGGACCAGGCCAACGCAGACUUCUACCUCUUCUCCGAGCUGCUGGGGGACUACGUCCGUCUCCUCACCGCUGUCAAGGGCGUCUUUGACCACCGUAUGAAGACCUGGCAGAAGUGGCAGGACAGUCAGCUGCUGCUGCAGAAGAAACGAGAAGCUGAGGCCAAACUGCAGUUAAACAACAAACCAGACAAACUGCAGCAGGCCAAAGACGAAAUCAAGGAGGAGAUUGAUGAGCUAGAGGUGAAGGUGCAGCAGGGAGAGAGAGACUUUGAACAAAUCUCCAAGACCAUUCGUAAAGAAGUCAGUAGGUUUGAGAAAGAGAGAGUAAAAGACUUUAAAACAAUCAUUGUUAAAUACCUGGAAUCCCUGGUUCAGUCACAACAGCAGAUGAUAAAAUACUGGGAGGCUUUCUUACCUGAGGCCAAGGCCAUCUCAUAGACUUGGCAACACACUGUAACAACAGACAGUUCUGACUGGCUCUGCUCAAACUACACUACCCACAAUGCACCCCGUCCUUCUCGGCCUCCCUUCCUCCCCCCCUGCUAAGUGAAGAAGAGGCUGCUCAACGCGACAUUUCUGGGGAGAAAUUAAUAUUUUGAUUUUUUUUUUUUUUUUACACUCUUAAAUCUGAAUGUAUUCUGUUGAUCUGUGCCGUGUUUCUGUCCCGUCAUCUGUUGUUUUCAGUUCGACACGAUCAGGUUUGAUUAACGUUCACUGUCGUAGCAUUAGCUGGUCACUCCUCAUACUGUUUCCUCUUCAGAAUUCUGUGAAGAAAAAAUUAUAAUUUCAAAAUAAUGAUGAUGAAUGUAAACGAGGUUUAUGUUAACAGCUAAAUCGCUCCGUAUUGAACGCAUCACUAACUUACUAACUAACUGACGUUGUCAGCUAGUAGCCAGGUGUUUUACUGGUUAUCUCACCAAAAAACUCUUCAGUAAAUGUAUAAAAUAAAACUUCAUGGUCAGGAAAUUUAAGUUGUGAAACUGAAGUGGAAUCAGUGACAAAAGGAGUGCCGACUGCAGCGCUCAUAUUUGUUUCGCUCUCUAAAACCAGAGUUUUAGUUUAAUAGCUGUAUGAUCGUAAGUGAAGGCUACUUUUUUUAUUUAUUUUUUUUAAUACUUUUUAUUUUAGCCAAAGAAAAGGGAAAAAACACUGAGGUGACGUUCACUGCUACUGACAAAUACUCUACAGAAACGAAUUCCGAAGUUUUUGGAGUUAGUUUUGUAACUAACCUGAAACGGUGGGAGUUACGGUGUUCACAUAUGCAGAUGAUACAGCGAUGACGUCAGUCUGCGUUUCACCCAAAGAUUCUGAUUUUUCAAAUAACCGAGAAAACUAGCGGUCGUCAGAAUUUGAAGUUACUUCUAGUUUUAUGCCUUAUUAUUUAGGUACAGUUAUCGUAAACUAAAAUUUGCCAAUUUUUUUUUUUCGGAGGAAACCAACGUGCGGUGAAACGAUUAACAUUAACUAUUGUAUUUCUCUUGUAUCGGGAGUAUUUGCAGUAAACUGUUUAACUCUGUGUUGAUAACCAGGUGAGAUUUUCUCUGUUUACCAACAGGAAGUCAGCAUUUUUUUCGACACUGCAUCAUCUCGUGAUUUCUCUACACAGAUGUGUCAGUCAUGACCGUCGGCUGUGAACCGAACCUCAGUUGGGUUUCUUCUUCACGCAUCUUAUUCUGGUUAAGAGGAAAAUAACAUGUUUUGGGAAUUUCGUUUUGUGUGAUUUGUUUUUUUUGACAGGAACUCAAACGAGAUUUUGUCGUUUUUAAGAAACGUGUGUUGCAUUCAUGUGUUCCUGAAGAGUUAAAUGAAGGGUUGACUGCGGUGUGUGUGUUUUGGCGUGUUCAUGUGUCCAGAGAGCAGCUUUUACCCGUGAGGGUCAUCUUCGUGCACGUCGGUGCGACAGUGUUUAACUAUCGGAGUAAUGAAGAGGAUCUAUUUCGUGGCAGAUAUUUUUCUUUUACUGAUCACCGGUCGCUGUUUCCAUCAAAUCUUAAAUCAUCCAUCACUGUUUUUGAUUGGUCCUUUUUGUAUUUCAUUCCUGAUGGUGUUUCUUUUACUUUGUUAUUCCAUAAUGAUCUCAUGCAGGUUUUUUGAAGUCUUGGUUUGACACUGCGUCCUGCAGCACAUGUUUGAAGACUUAAUUUAAAACAAAUAAAGGAACGUAUGUUAUUAA